AUGGCUUCACCACGAAGGUUAGCGACUAAAUUGUGUAGUAUAUCGCCUCGUGUAUUAAAAAAUGUGGAUGGAAGAACAUACUUACAUCCAAGAACUCCUUUCAAAGAUACUUGUAAGAAAGGUAUUGAAAAUAAAAAUCAACUAUCUCCUUUUAACAUUGAUACUCCUAAUAGGAAAAAAAUAUUGAAAGAUGGUCUUCCUACUAAACAUGGUAUAUUUCUUGGAAGUGGUGGAUUUGGUACUGUAUAUAAAGCAUCUUAUAAAGGUGAUCAAGUGGCAGCUAAAGUGAUGCAAACAGAAAAAUGUUCCAAUGUAUUGAACUGUGAGAAACAUGCUUCUCUUUUAAGGCAUUCCAACAUAGUGAAAGUAUUAAUGAUAGAAGAAGGUGCUUCUUUGUCUUUAAUAACAAUGGAAUUAUGUGGUACUAACUUGCAAGAUUGCCUAGAUGAGACAAUGUUAACUAAAAAUGAGAGGAUUUCUAUAUUAAAGGGUGUUACUAGUGCUUUACAAUUUUGUCAUAAUGCUGGUAUCAUUCAUGCAGAUGUUAAGCCUAGAAAUAUCCUCAUGUCUGCAGAUGGUCAACCAAAGCUUACUGAUUUUGGUAGUUCUAUAUUGAUAGGAGAACCAAAUGAUGACAAUGAAUUUCAUGGUACACCAGGGUAUACUGCUCCAGAAGUAAUAAAAGGAAAUAGACCAACCAUUGCAGCAGAUAUUUACUCUUUAGGCAUUGUAGCUUGGCAAAUGAUAUCUAGAGAAUUACCAUUUGAGGGAUUACAUAGUCACACAAUUAUAUAUCUUUCUGCUAAAGGGCAUCGACCCAAAGAUAAUAAUAUUGAUGAUGAAUUUAAAGGUAUCUAUAAGACAUUAUACAGGAAAAUGUGGUUACAGAAUCCUACUGACAGGCCCACAACCAAUGAAGUAAUAAAUACUACUGAUACAUUAAUUAGUUCCUAA